CAUUGUCGGUCUGCGCAAAGCAAAACAGCGAGGAGACCGAAUGCGCAACCAUUGCAGCUUUAGACAGCGAUAGCGCGAGGGACGAAGAUCUCAAACACCCAACAGAAGCGGCGAUUUUGUCUGUAUACAACUGAAGAUCAAAAUGCCCAAAACGAAAAUGACACCCAACCGCCACAUCUCGAACGACGCCGGACGUCGACCUAUUCGGCCGAUUGAUCGGGAGAAGAUGCGUCCGUGGUUGGAACGACAGAUCGACUUGGGGAAUGUUCCAGAUGUGAAGUGGGUCGACAUAAACAAGACAACAUUCGAGAUUCCGUGGAGACAUGCGGCUAGGCACGGGUGGUCUAUCGAGAAGGACGCCUGUAUUUUUGAACAGUGGGCCAUCCAUACCAGGAAAUAUAUUCAGGGGAAAGACAAGCGCAAGGAUCCAAAACGAUGGAAGGCGAACUUCCGGUGUGCCCUGAACAGUCUGCCCGACGUGGAGCGGGUCCCCGGACAUCUGGCUAAGGGGUCCCAGGCUGUACGUCGGUACAGAUUCCUCACCCCAGAGGAAAGCAAGAGGAAGACCGCGAAAUCUCGCUCCAGGAAGCGAAGCCGAAUGGACAGUGACUCAACGGAGGAAGAAGAGGAGGAGGAGGAGACCAUCACUGAAGUGAAGAUGGAAAGUGAAGAUCGUGAUGACAGCCUGCCCAGAAUCGUCUCUGUCACCUCCAUCCCCAAUUUUGACCAACUGUUGAAUGAAAGCGAUGCCACCCCACAAAAGGAGACCCGGUCCACCAGCCAUAUGUCAGGUGGGAGGGUGUUUCAGAUCCAAGACAUCCCCUCACCCCCCAGCCCUCAGGCUCGCAGCGUAUCACCCCACAGUCUUGAGGGUAGCUCAGACUCGGAAGGCAGCCACUAUUCUGAUGAGGAGGUUGUUGAGCUGGUGAACACCUGGGAACUGGAGACCUGUCAUCCUAGGCUGUGGAGCGACAUGACAGAUCUGACAGACAGCAUUGGAUGUGAAAUUGAAUGUGAAACAGAAGAGGUGAGAUCUGUUAUCCGAUUUGAUCAUCGUGAAUACUGGGAUUUGUCAACUCCGAUGGAGUGAUUGCGAGGCUUGUCCACAAGGCACGGGGACUUAAAGAAGUACAGAAGUAAUAUGUCUGACCAAAACAAUGUGAGAAAGACAGUGACGGCCACUCACAUCUGCUGAACAUUCCAGCCCGGCUGUCAGACACAGGGGCAAGACAGAAUUGGUAAAUCCCAGAGUCUCCAUCUCUGUUCUUACAGGAUGAUCCUGCGACAAAGACAAGAUGAAGUGUCUUGUAUGAAGGAAGACACCAUUAAAAAAACUAAAAACGUUGUGGAGGAGGAUUGAAUGCUGGCCAUACUGAAAUUCUUCAUCUAUGAGAUUCCAUUUGACCUGUGAUGA